AUUUGACAUGCAUGGACCGCAUAUUGAAACGUGACUAAUAUUUGACUACUCAUUGUCAAAAUGCCUCCAAAAAAGGCAGUUCCUACUUCAAAAACGUGUAAAAAGGGAGCCGCAAAGCCGGUCUCUAAUAUAAAGUCAGUUUCGCCGACGAAAUCUCGCACGACAGGCAAGGGGACUUCAAAGGCUCCCCCGAACACGGGCCCGAAGGGAGCCAAACAUGCUGCAGCAGGAGUAUCGGGUAGCAAGGCUGGCGGGAAAACAAAAUCUGCCAAACCGCAGAAAGAAUGGAGCAAAGAAGAUGACCAGGCAAGAAUCAUACAAACAGCAGCAAGGAAGUAUCUUGCACGGAAGAGAGUGCAGAAGUUGAAGAAAGAUAAACAAGAUUAUGAAGAACUUAUGGUGAAAUUAGAGAAGGAGGCAUGGCUGCAAAUGGUUGAAAGGGAGCGAGAGGAAGAGGAAAAGGAGCGACAGAAAGAACAAGAGGAAAGAAAGAAAAAAGCUCAAGAAAUGAAGUGGAGAAAACGUUUGUUGGAGGCUGCGUUUGAUGGGGAUGAUGAGGAAAUCAAUUGUGUCUUGAAUGAGGCUUUAGCCAACGACAAGAAGCAAGAAAAUAUACCAGAAACAGUGCGAGAACUACACAUAAAGAAGCAUCAACUAAGCCUCUCUGAUUGCGAAGACGCGAACGGUAACACUCCACUUUCGGAGGCCUCAGCCGGAGGACACGCGAGUACCAUACAGCUGCUUCUUCACAAGGGAGUUGAGAUCAAUUCCAGAGGCCGUUAUGAGCGCACACCGCUGUGGAGAGCUGCCUUCGCCGGGCAUUUGCAGGCAGUCCAGUUGCUCUUGGAAAAUGGUGGUGAUCCUCGCCUUCAUGCUAGUGAUGGAACAUCUCCUGUCCAGGUAGCGGCAAUUGCAGUUGUGGAAGAAUUUCUAAAGGCCUGGGAUGUUCAACGUACAGACGAAUUAUUGAAAAAACUUGAAGAAAAUAAAGAACAAAAACUUGAGGAGGAACAGGCGCAACAAAAGCAAGAAUGUGACAGGUUAGAAAAGAAAUUACAUGAAGCUGAGAAAGAGGACAAAGCUUGUCAAAUGAGACUGGAGAAAGCACAUUGCGAGCUGAACAAGAGGAUAUUUGAACAUGACAAAUGCGUUGCUAUGGGAGAUGAGAAGAAAAUAAAGAUUACUUUGCAGACUGUUCAUGAUGCCGAGCUGGAGUUGGAAACAGCAAAACAAAACAGCAAGGUAGCACGUGAUAAACUCGCGCAGUUGAAAUUGAGAUUGAGAGAGCAAAGAAAAGAAGGAGUCGGUAAUACCGGCGGCGAAGAUGCAAGUGAACUAGUAGGGAUAAAGGUGUCUAUAAAGGAGCUUGAUGAUGUCCUGAUGAGGGACGUUGGUGGUAAAAUUGCUCAAAGUGGCAGAUGGCCUCUUCUUAUCGAUUCUUCAACUCAAACUUCUACGUUUCUGCGUUAUCGUGAUACAAACUUUCUCAACGCCCUGAAUCCAAGCAAUAUGGAACCGGAUGUCAUACGGCUUGCUAUUCUGGGAGCUGUACGUUUCGGGAAACCACUGGUGCUGGACAUGAUGGCAGUUGAUAUGUUCGAAAGUGUCAAAAUAAAGUUCGACGUCGUUCAAGAGGGCCUGCUAAACACAAUCAUGACUAAAGAAAUCCUUAAGGAUGACAGAUUUAUGUCGCUAGUUCGUGCCGAGGAUGGAGAACAGUACAGCAAGACUGCAUUCCUCGGGGCAAAAAUCGAGAACUUUAAAUUUAUUAUCUUAACCCAACUGUGGAAUCCAAGCGAAAACUUGAUCAACCAAACCUAUCCUUUGAGAGUUAUGAUGCCCUCCAAAAGUUGAGAUUUAUAUAAAAAAGGCUAUAUAUUGACAAAUUUAACAGGCAUGUUUUAGAUAUUGUUGCUAUAUAGAUAUUUCAUCUUUUAGUAUUUGAAGCAAUAAAGUGUGGGAUCCGGAACUGCUAUCGAAUUUUAGCCAUCAUCAUGCCGACUCAGCCGUGGAGGGUCGCUAAAUGGGCUCAGUAGACCAGCCCUUUUGUGAAAGGAUGAGUUCGUAGAAGGAAAAUCCUACCUCGACAUUCGACAAUCCGCGAUCGUUUAGCUGAAGGAUUAACCGGAUUCUCGCCUUCUUCUCGAUCUUUUCUUGAACCGCUGUUUCUUGUUGUGCACGUUUGCUCCACCAAAGAUACCGGUCUUGAAUCUCGGCUGCCUUAAGGGGACUCCUUUCUCGUUCACUUACCGGUUUGGAGUUGUUGAUAAAUCUUAUCCACGCUCCGACUCGGAUGACUCUGACAGGUUCAUGAGCUAGUUCAUCGAAUUCGUCACGAUCCUUCGUUGUUGUCACCGUCGCUGCAAGGACUCUUCGAGCAACUUUCGCUUCAGCGCUGGUUUUCUGACAGCGCUCCAAAGUGAUAGUUGGAGACCAGUAUAUAUUUGCCGCCUCGACUACCAGGUCCGCCGGGUUUUGAACAAUGGACACGUAACGCCAUUGGAUAUGAGCUUUUUCCUUGGUCUUCGCCACACGAUUGGAGACAAAUUGGCGGUACUCCCCCUGACCAUUGAUCCAGUAUCCGUAGACGUUUGUUACCAGAUUCGCUGCCAUUUGUGCCACAAGAAGCUCGAGACGUGGGAUUGUUAAAUUCUUCUUUGCUAAUCAUGACUUAGAGCAAACCAGGACUUGUGUUGCAAUAGAUCUAGCGUAUGUAAAUUCGAAUGCCAUUUGUGUAGUCUGAACGCGUUGCAUCUUCGAAUACUUUGUUCGCUUCUCUGCCACGGAUUUCACGUUCUCACCCCCCGUCAUGAAGUCGUGGACAUACAGGUUGUCCCGGAUCUCUCUAACUAAGUCUGGGUAUUUCUAUUCCCAGGCGUUCAAAUGUUUGUUGAUUACUCCGCCAAGCAAGAACGGGGAGAAGGUUAAUCCAAACAGAGCCAUCGUGAACACCGAUACACCGUCAGUUUUUCACUGCCUGAAUUCUCCCAGAGAACCGUCGGUUCUGUUCCUAUAUCCUCACCUGCAGGAAGGCUUUUUCGAUAUCGCUCGUUGGAGGUAAAUAACAAAUUUUGCCACUGGGAAAAUACACUUACAUCAAUAAAAGAAAUGAAAGGUAUAAACAUUGUAAAUAUACACAGCUUGACACACCAAUCACCAAUUGCAAUAUUGUGCAAAAUAUGUCGUUUUAAACGAAUUUUUUCUAUUUCUAAAUGUUUUUUCCUAAAAUAUCAUUUUAGGAUGUCUAACGUGGUAAAACCAGUUCAAAAAAACACUCCUUUUUCCUCAAAAAGCGACCAAAAAAACGAAUAUAUUUUUUUAAUACAAAUUUUAGUUGUUGCGAACGUGGUUGCUAAGGAGAGGCAUUGAUAUAACGCGCAGCCAAUAAACGCGCUCCCUUUUUUGACUGAUGUUUCCAAUACCAAUGCCUCCUCUAGUUUUAUUUAUAAUCUGUAUGGUGUUUUCCGCCACCAGCUCGCAAUCUUUUCCGCUGAGCAGGGGUUUUCGGGUUCCGCUGAGUAGGGUUGGUUUUCACUCGAGCAUACUCUCCGUUUCCUAAGACCAGAUGUAUGUAAUUUCUGAAGGGUCAUGGCAAAAUUCUCCUGAACGUGCUCUAACUUUUGCAUGGUAGCAAGGGCUUGCACGCAAUAGGACAAUUUUUCACUGAAUUCCUCGAUCUUACGAGUGUUCACGUUAAAUAUGUUGGGCAGUUCUAAUAUCUCUUUCACAUAGCUAUUUCUAAUCGCUGAUUCGUUUCCGUACUUAUCAGUGAGGAUUGACUUGGCACGAUUGUAACCUUCCACUGAGAAUAGCAAGGCUUCAACACACCGUCUGACUCGGAGCGAGUAACUCGCGCAAAUAAGUAAACUUCCUUAUGGGUGGAAUCGUACUUUUAUCUAAAGGCUAAAGCUUCAAAAAACUGUCCCCAAAACCUUGACCAAUCCAUAUACGAGCCAUCAUACUUAGAAAUGACUAAUUUUGGCAAUUUCGCUGUUUUGAAACUACUGCAUUCCUGAAC